AAACCACCCCAAGGGUUUGUAAAGAGAUGCGACCGCCUAUGCACCGUGGUGGUGGCCGUGGCCCUCCAGGACGAGGCGGCGGCUUCCGAGGAGGUCGAGGAGGAGGUGGACGAUUUGGUUCUGGCCGUGGAUACGACGAAGGCCCUCCCGAGCAGGUUGUGGAGGCAGGGGCGUUCGUCCAUGAGGUCGAGGGAGAGAUGCUGAUCAAACUGACGAACGAGAACAUCCCUUAUUUCAAUGCGGGCAUUUUCCUGGAGAACAAAACCCGCGUAGGAAAAGUAGAAGAGGUGCUAGGACCCAUCAAUCAGGUAUAUUUUACGGUGAAGCCCGAUACGGGCGUAUCAGCCAAGUCCUUUAAGGCCGAGGACAAGCUUUACAUUGGCACGGACAAACUCCUCCCUCUGUCGCGCUUUACCGGUGGGGGCGGUGGAGGAGGCGGAAGAGGACGAGGUGGAGGGCGG